UUUAAGUUACCUAAAUGGAAAAAGGCACGUGACAUCUUAUGAAGACUUUUUAGGGAAGACUUCUUUCAGGAUUGUAUUUCUGCACUAGUUUUCAGCCUGUUAUUGUGUCUGAGCUAAGAGGGUGGAAUGGCUUCAUCAGUGACCAAGAAGAAGGAAGAGGAACAGAAACUGAAGGCCCUCAGAGAGCUCACUGCCAUUGAGCACAAUAAGAAGUGUCUGGAAUGUUCACAGAGAGGCAUAACCUAUGCAGACAUGAAUACCAAUGGAUUUGUGUGUGUCGGGUGCAGUGGAUUUCUACGUGGACUUAAUCCUCCACAUCGAGUCAAGUCCAUCUCUAUGACAACGUUCUCUCCGGCAGAGAUCCAAGCACUCAAGAACGGUGGAAAUGAGAUUUCCAGGAAGAUUUGGCUGGGGAAGUGGAACUCUAAGCGUGACCGAGAGCCAGACAAAUCUGACGAGGCUGCAUUCAAAGGCUACCUUGUUUCAAAGUAUGAGAGACGCUCCUGGUAUGUUGAUCCAAAAGAGGCGGUAAAGGAGGAAGAGAGGAGCACACCUAAACCAGAGCCUAAAUUGGCACCCCCUCCUUCUGUAAAGCUACCUGCACAUGCACAGUCGACGCCCACCAUUGAGCGGCCCCGUGGUGGCUCCCAGCCGACAGUGACUACAGCACCCCCCACAGCCACUGUACAACCCGUCACAGUCACAGCCACAGCCACAGCCACGGCCAACAAGACAAUAGACCUCCUAGGAGACUUGCAAGGAGACCCAUUUGCCUCUAAACCUCCUGUUGGUGGAGUGUCUGUAUUACCAGUAGGAGGAUUCAAGCCUGACGAAUUCGGGGCAUUCACUGGAGCCACACAGCCACCCACUCCUGUAUCGACAAGCCUCACAUCCUCCACACCAAGCACCACACUGUCGGCCGCAGACAAGUACGCAGCUCUCGCUAAUUUGGACGAUACAUUCCGAGAUUUAAAAGUGAAAGACGAGCCUCCUCAACAGCCCGCACCUGUUCCUAUACCCAAAAACCAAAGCCAGCCGUUUGGAAGUUCUGGCACUAAUCCGUUUGGAGCGGCUUCUGGCCCAACACAGUCUGUGUCUAAUCCCUUCAGUGGGCAGCAACAGCAGCAGCAACCAAACAUGCAAGGAUUCGGUGGGCAACAACAAGCCUUUGGAGGGCAGCCACAAGGUCAAGCGUUUGGUAAUGUACAGCCUGGUUUUGGUCAGCAACAGGCGUUUCAAGGUGGACAAAACUUUGGAGGACAACCUCAACAGUUUGGUGGAUCGGGGCAGCAACAAGUACCUCCUGGAGGACAACCUAAUCCUUACAUGCAGCAACAAUGGGCACAACAACAGAGAGCAGUUCGGCCGUCUGGUCAGAUUCCACCUGGUGCUUCGUUCGGUUCCGUACAGCAAGGACAACAAUGGGGAGGACAGGCUCCCAGAGCACAAUUUGGAGCUCCUCAACAACCGGGAUUCGGUACAGCACCACAACAGCAAGGUGGAUUUGGUCAGCAGCAACGACAAGGUGGAUUCGGUACAGCACCACAACAGCAAGGUGGAUUUGGUCAGCAGCAACGACAAGGUGGAUUCGGUACAGCACCACAACAGCAAGGUGGAUUCGGUACAGCACCACAACCGCAAGGUGGAUUCGGUCAGCAGCAACGACAAGGUGGAUUCAGUACAGCACCACAACAGCAACAAGGAGGGUUCGGUACAGCACCACAACAGCAAGGUGGAUUCGGUCAGCAGCAGCAACGACAAGGUGGAUUCGGUACAGCACCACAACAGCAGCAAGGAGGGUUCGGUACAGCACCACAACAGCAAGGUGGAUUUGGUACACAACAGCAACGAUUUGGUGCCCCCCAACAAUCUCAGCAGUCUGGAUUUGGUGCCCCCCAACAAUCUCAGCAAGCUGGAUUUGGUGCCCCCCAACAGUCUCAGGGUGGAUUUCAACAAAGUGGAUUCAGUGGACAACAGCAAUCUCAACAAGCUGGAUUUGGUGCAACUCCCUCGGCUAGUUUUGGUGGUGUACCACAGCAGCAAGGUGGAGCGUUUGGUGGACAGCAGACGAAACCUCAGUGGAACUCUUUGCCAGCGUCUACUCAAUCGAGUCAACCUAGAACUGGUAUCAAUACAGCCCCUUCCUCUACCCCAGGUUCAGGAUGGAGCUCUAGUGUGGCCUCUACUAGCACACAGUCUACCCCCGGAUCACAGCCAACCUCUAACACUGGAUGGAGCAAUGAUCUCGCCAAGCCUGCUCCUAUGAGCACAUGGGGAAUGCAACCACAGUCAACUGCACCGACUGGAGGCUCUAGCUGGAGUUCUGGACUAGUGUCUGGGCAACAGGGUGGUGGCUGGAGUGGAGGACAGGCCAACUGGGGUGGAGCAGGAGUGCAGCAGCAACAACAGCAGCCAAUGGGCAGUGGGCCCCAACAAGGAUCUGCCAACCCUUUUGCAUCCUCUACCCAGUCCACAACAACAAACCCGUUUCUUUGAUGUGCACCCUUCCCUUCGGAUAGCGUACCACUGUUUUAGAGAAAACUGUUUGUUUCUUUUUCGAUGCAUUAUAAUAUAUAAUCGCUUUUAAAUCUUAGUCCUCUACCAAUUGUAGCACUUUAGGGUCUCAUUUUUGUAUUAGGUAUGUAUCAUUGUGCACCUAUAAUGGCAUUGUGUUGAGAGUUAAAUUUUACUUGGUUAUGAUCGUUCAUUAAUUUUGA